AUGGCUCUCGUUGUGUUCCUCAUCCUGGCUGUGCUGGACUUUGUCCAGAACACCCUGGAGAUGAUUGAGAAGCUGCACUGUGUCGUGCAGCAGCUCAGACAUCAGCUGAGCCACAAGAUGACUCAGCUGCUGCAAGAUUUGGUGGAGACCCUGGAGCAGAAUGGGGUGGCCAGAGAAGUCCUGCUCUCUGUUGCCUCCCAGCAGUGGUGCUUCUGGGUGUCUGCUUUCGGGGCAGGAGCCCUGCUCCUGCUCCUGUGGCUCUGCUGGAGGACCAGGAAAAGGAGCCACAAGCCAGAAAGCAGCUGCCAGCAAGGCAGCCCUGAACGUCAAGAUGAGGAUGAAGAGGCAGAAGAUGACGAUGAUGAUGAUGACUAUGGCGGCAUUGGGGAUCUGGCUGGAUGUGUGGCUGAUCGCAUCUGGUUGCCAGCACCGUACAUGGCUGACAAGUGCAGGCUGGUGGAGGACCUGGUAGAGGAGCUUCUUAGUAGCUGCCGAAGACUUUCCGGGAAGACCUUCAAGCCACGGCUGCAGCCGGCCAUCAUGAUGGGCUAUGUCUACGAAGGCUGGAGUGCCCGUGAGGACAAUGUCCUCUACCAACUGCUGGUGCCCCUGCAGCCUCCCCCCGGCCAUGCCUUCUUAUUGGAGACGGACACCGCGAAGGACUUGCUGACCAGCGAAUCCUGCCUCCGUGUGCAGCUCCAGUGCAUGUGCAAGAGGGAGCAGCUGCUGAGGGACAGGUUGUGCUUCCUCCACCACAGCGAGGACGAGCUGAAAUGUCAAGGCCCCAGCCUCCUCAACACCCUGUGCACCAACUCAUACUUGGACAUCGAGAAAACCACCUGCUGGUUCCAGAUGUUGGUGAAAGAUGCCUGGAAGCUGAUACCUCUGUCACACCACUGCCAGCUGACGGUGCUGCCCACCACACGCUCCUGCAAGCUCAGCGUAUGGAAAGGGCAGGAAAACCUGUCCAUUCAGAUGACUUUUGGCGUGUCGCUAGAUGACUCCGAGUCAUUCCUCAGCCUCGACUAG